AUGUUUACUUACCUCUCAGACUCAUGUCGCAAGCUUGAGAUGAAGGCCGGCCAUACUUUUGAAGGUAAACGUCUUAAAGACCACAUGAUUCGCAGCCGUGACGCCAUUGAUGCCGAUGACUGCGAACUACUUUGCUUCUGGGAACCAGACUGCGUUAGUUUCAACUUUAAGAAGUCUAUGAGCCAAUGUGAGCUAAAUAACUCCACUUUCGAAGAACAACAGAAUAAGCUGGAGACACACUAUGAUUACAUUUACCGGGAAGCUGAGGCAAGUGUAGUCUUCCUUACAGCCAUUUUUGUCUUGUUUCGUGAUAAUUCUCUGGAAAAACAGUCAGAAAUCAAGUAACAAGUUUUGUUUAAAAGUAUUACACCCGUGCACUAUUUGCAUCCUCGUUCCCUGGUCAGGAGAGAACCCUGGGAACGAGGUUGACACUAUUUACAGGUAGUCAUUACGACACCUGAAUGAGGAUAUGAGGUUAUCCUUAUAUUAAGAUCUCUAAUUACAGAUAACCCACCCUGCAGCAUAGGAAAGGUUGGCCACACCUCCCGGAUCUACGCCCCCUUAGCCUGCGUGGCAGGCGCUCGAGAGGGGAUUUCGGGCGCCCAAAUUCCCUUUUCCUUGCCUUUCGAUCCCGCGAACGCCCGCUACGCAGGCUAAACCGUUUGUUGAUGUUAUUGCAAAGGCAGCACUUUCUUCUAAGUUAGUUAAUGACCCUGAGUGUUGGUCGUGCCGGGGUCUGAACACGUGACCUCCCGCUCAGCAGACUGGCGCUUUCCCAACUGAGGUUAUCAGGCAGCUAAAGAAUGCAGUUCUGAUCAAGGGUCUCUUUUCCUAGAACGAAUGUGUUAAUAACCGUUGCGAAAACAAUGCAACCUGUCAAACCGGUUUUACAGACAAGGGAUACCGCUGUUUGUGUACUGCUGGAUUUGAAGGAAAUUACUGUGAGAUUGGUGAGUUUCUGGGGGAACACCGAACUGAGGCUGAUAAAUGCAAAUACCUUAAGAUCUUUAAGAUCAGUGACUGUUUCAAGUGUAAAAAACGUGCACUGCGCAGCUCUGUGUUAUGUAAAUGAUUAAUUAAAUGAGCGGAAAACGAAGCCUUGCUCGGCCGCUUUUCGCAACUUUUGACCUUUUCGGUGUGACUUUUCGGCCUUUUGCUUUGGAGCAACUUUUUCAUUUCAGAGGAUCUUGAUUAGACAAAACCGCUUUCCGUUUUUUUAGAAUAUUUCCUUUAGUAGCAAGUUUUUUUUCCCUUUUUAAAACUUCAGAGUUGGAUUUUAUUUCUUUGUCCGCGAGGGGCUAAAAAAGAAAAUAACCGUGGUCGGUAGUCGUGCAAACCACGUUUCAAUAUGGUGGACGGGUGGUUCUUGAAAAGCUAAUCUUCCUGCUUGCAUUGUAGGUGCUGUGACUAAAGCAGCCGUCUUUUCAAGAUCAUUAGUGCAUUUUUUCUUUCUUUGCCUGUUUUCCUUCGAUUUGACGGCUCGUUCAUUUUCCAGACGUAGAUGAGUGCGCCUCUGGAACACACAAGUGCGGUGCCAAUACGAACUGCACAAAUAACAAAGGAUCUUACAACUGCACAUGUAACCCGGGAUAUUAUGGAGAUGCAGAGAACUGUGAACCGGGUGAGUUCCGCAAAGUUUUAUUUCCAGUUAUACGUUAAUUAUUCACUUAGGUUUCUUGGGUUUAACAAAUGAUGAUUAUUUUAUUUUUUUAAAAAAUAAGCACGACAAAACAGUAACAACUUACAACAGCACCAACAAAAAUAAAAACAGCAACAACGAAACACUGUAUUAUCUCCAAGAGAGAAAUAGGGUUAUGGGAAUGAAUUCUGAAGGUUAAUCCGACAUGCAUAAACGAAAUUCCAAACAAAGUUUUCUCUUCUAAAAACUCGUAUCUUAAUUAAAAUAGCUUUAAGUGGCAAAGACCCAGUAAUUAAAUCUGUAAACCCAAAAUUGCGGUACAAGUCAGUCUAUGAUCAGAAAGCAAAGUCAUGAUCGUCGUUUUAACCUCAGCCGGUUUACGCUUUAUAAUCAUCAGUGACCUCGAGAAACUGGAUUACUUCUUGCAGUUUUUUUCUAAAGUUGCAAUAAAUUCUUGCAAAUAAUAAAUGAAAUUCAUUCUGAAAAAAAUAAAUGGUUUUGUGAUUAAUUUAUGUGACUGACGGAGUGAUCAAUGUUGCAUUUCUCUCUUGUCACGUGUUUUCUUGAUUCAUGAAAACGAGGCACUUACCUUCUCUUCUCGUUGUGACAAGAAAGUACUGAGUUAAAUAAACUGAUACCAUGUGGCCAUAUUCAUCUCAAAAUGGAAUUGUCAUUAUUUGGUAUCCCAGAUCUCAGCCAAAGCGAGACUGCGUCACAAAAAUUGAUUUGAUAAUUAUUAUGGAAAGAAACACGACGCAUAAAAGCUCUUCUUGUUUUCUUUUUGCGUGUUUUCUGAUGCAGUUUUAUCGUCGUGCAAGGACGUUUUUGACAAGAAUAUGUAAGUAGUAAAAUGAUGUUAGUACCCUUUAAUUAGAGCACCUCAGGCUAAUACUUACAUUUCAGUUGGUUAGUGAUACGUACAAAUCUUCAUACAAUUCCGUGCUCUGUAUGUUCACCUCUGUUUACUUGGUUUUUAGGUGUUCUAAGGCGCCAUUUACAUGGAGAGAGGAAGAUCCUAUCAGAGGACUAUCCUAGCUCCUUAAUAUUUCCUGUAUUCAGUUUAAAUGUCAUAGUUUAUACUUGUCCCAGUAUCGCUAGGAUCUUCCUGGCUAGAGGUAGGAAGAUCCUAACACGAUUCGAGGAAGAUCUGAGCUCCAGGUAAACUACUUUUGUUCGGAACAUCCUAAGUACUAGGGACAAACGAGACCAAAAAAAAAUUGCGGCGUGUCGUUCAUUGGGUAAUUAAGGCAAUAAAGGCCAAAACAAAAUUUCUGCGCGUAAGCCCAACGAAAAGUUGUCUCGCCUUCGACUGAGGAUCUUUCUAGUGCUAGCAUCUUUACUCCUCCGUCCAUGUAACGGCUCCUAAUUGUACAAGUCCUUUAAUUUGCAUUAAAACGAACAUGGGGGGGGUCAAUCGAAAAGCGCUUACGAUGCUCCAUAUUAACAGCCGAUCGAUAACACUGUGAUUGCUAGCAUAGUGUAAUCACUUUGCAAGUUGUGGGACCGUAGUAACAAAUUUCCGUUUCUUUACUCGAUUUUUCAACUAUCUUGUAUCACCUUUUUACGAUUCAUUUCUAACAUAAACAAAGAAUGCAUUAGCAUGUAUUGCUGAAAAUAACUCAUUCUCCUGUAAAACGGAGUUCUCGUAUCACUAAAAUCAGAACACAACCUUAUCGUGCCAUUCCAACAUCGACUGUCCGAACUUUUUGUAUAGUCAUUCAGAAUAUCCAUAUCAGGCUUCGACGCAUUGCAUUCCGGUUUGUCGGUUUUGACGGUUGCAAUUCAAGUUUGGUUACGGUGUGAACUGUUUAAGUCGAGUAAUUUAUUUGCAUACGUCUUGUUGCAUUUUUUUUGUAAACAAAAUUGUUAGUCAACAGUCUCUUUCGCAUUUGCUUCUUUUUAAGAUCUACUGAAAACAAAGCGUACCCACUACUUAUGGCAAAUGAGGUUAUUGACGUUUACUGUCACAUGACCACGGCCACGAUUUCAAAUGGAGAAUGCGGUGAUGGUGGAUGGACGCUGGUCAUGAAGAUUGAUGGCAAUCAGGUAAAGCUGAAGAUGAAUGAAUGAAUGAAUGAGAUAAGAUAACAAACUGAUUACCUUCCCCGGUUUACUUUUAAUUUUAGACACGGCUCGUAUAUGUAUGUUCUACCUUUGAGUCAGCCUCUCGUAUUAGAAGCUAUUUUACCCCCCGCCCCCCUCAAAUGGGAACAGGAAAAACUGGCCAAAGUUAAGUUGUGACCCAACAGCCACUACGUUAAUUUUUAACGGAAACCAGUAGCAGGAAGUCCCUCGAAGGUCUGUUGAUAUUUUUCAGAAACCAUUUUCCGUGUCAGUACAGUUGAAUCCCGAUAACUCGAACCCUCGCUAACUCGAACCAAAGUCGACUGAUUACCCCUGGAUUUCCUACAUACAUGUUUUGAAUUUUAACCCUGACUGACUCGAACCUCAAUUCCGGUAACUCGAGGUAAUUUUUGUUGCAGAUAAUUUCCAUAUAAUUUUACCCUCCAUAACUCGAACCAUGUUUUAAGCGUGUGACGAUUCAGAAAAAUAAAAACAGCGUAUUGAAGUCGGAAACAUAUGAAUUUUUAUUAUAUAGAUACUGAUGAAAUAUCACGAUUUUUCCUUUUACUAAAAAAUCAUAUCUUCAUCGCUUGAAGUGAAGAUACUAUUUUUAUCUUUCACAUGUGAAGAUAUUGGUGUCGCCAUGGUUACUAACAUGAUUAGCCAAACUUUUGCUCCUCUUUAUUAGAAUUUUCACUUUUUGGAACAGAAAAUAUAAGUAUUAUUGUCUUUUUUUAUCCUUUAUAAUUUUAUAUCCGAGUUUCGUAACAUUUUUGUGACAGGCAUUUUGCGAUGGGUGACCACUUUAAUGGCUUUUUUUUGCUGUUUCGAAACUGAAUAAAAAAAAAGUUGUGUUUUAUGUAGGAAUUUCAUUAGUAUCUAUAAAAUAAACAGAACAUCACAUGGCCGCUUGGGGAUACGAAUAUUAUCUUCUCGUGCUGAAAGUAUCUCUCACUCGUUCGCCUCGCUCACUCGUGAGAGAUACUUUCAGUUCGAGAAGACAAAAUUCGUAUCCCCAAGCGGCCAUGUAAUAUUCUCUAUAUUUCAAAUCAACAGUGUCAAUUCGCUUAUUGUCUUUAAUUACUUUUUUGUCACUCCAGUUCAAAAUCAGCGUCCCUUCCCUUUUUUAAAGUACCAAUCUUAAUCUCUUGUUGCCCUUGAAGUGAUCAUGAAAUGCACCUGGUUCUUGCAUUCCCUUCUCAUCUAUUCGCUAAUUUCCUCAUUUUCGGUUAUUUGCUUAAAACUCCCUAUAACUCGCGAUCGAAUUAACUUUUUUUGAUUACCCUUGAAGGUUCGAGUUAUCGGGAGUGGUUGUUAUUUAUUUACGAAUUAAAAUCCUCCCACGAGAACAGGGGAAAUUCACCACUGCCAGUGGUGAACUUGCAGCCACUAAGCUAAUUUGAAAGGGAGGAAUUCCCUCUAGGGCCUUUUAAUAUUUUCCCGCUUGUACACUUUUGACUGUUGUUGCGAAUAAUUUUAGAUUGUCAGGCCGAGUCAUGAUUACAAUGACUCUCUGACCGCCUCAGUCUGAGAGAUACGGUAACGGGUUGACUCGCAAAAUGAGUAUGAGAAAUUAUAGGGUCCUUUUAAGAUUCUGAUUUAUGAAAAGAAUUUCUUGAAAUAAAUAAAUGAAGGGAUAAAGAAAUUACAUUGAUUUAAUUUGUAACUAAUGUUCUUCCCAAAGCAAACGUUCCACUACGCUUCUGAAUACUGGCAAGAUAAAAACACCUUUAAUGUCGUUGGAGGAAAGACUGGUUUUGACUCACAGGAGACCAAACUUCCAUCCUACUGGAACACAUCCUUCACUAAGAUCUGCCUCGGUAUGAAGAUCAACGACCAGAUCAAUUUUAUUGUCAUCAACCAGGGUGCCAGUUCCCUGUAUUCACUGAUCGCUGACGGGCAAUACAGGAACACCUCUCUCGGUCGCGAAGCUUGGAUGUCACUAGCAGGCUCGGAAGCCUCCUUGCAGUUAAACUGUAAAAAGGAAGGGUUCAACGCAGCUUGUAUCGCAAGUGACCGCUCCAAAGCAAGAAUCGGCAUCCUUGGUAACGAUAAAACCAAUUGCAAUAAUUGUAACUCCAGAUUGGGUUUUGGUAGUUCGGGAAACUUUGAUAACGAUAAUACAUGUGGAAACUUGGACAACCAUGGGGGUAAAAGACUGAGCAUCAGGGCAAUGGGGUAUAUCCUGGUACAGUAAAAAGAAUGCAACAGUUAAACAAGUGAUCAUAAUUAAAGUCGCUUAUAAUAAUGGACGUGGACGUGUUUUCCAUUGUGACUGCUUUCAUAGCGCACGUUUCACUUCGAUUACAGUCUCUGGAGAAGCAUCAACGAAACCUUUAACCUUGACGGAGAAAAGACGGGGUUGACUCGCAGGAGAACAAACUUACCUCCUACUGGGACACAUCCUUCACCAAGAUCCGCCCCGGUUAAAAGAUCAAAAACCAGAUCAAUUUUAUUGAAAUCACCGAGAGCGCCAGUUCCCUGUAUUUACUGAUCACUGAUGGCAGCAAUACCGCAGCACUUUACUGGGUCUUGACAAGUGGAAGACCGUAGUUGGUCCUGAUGCCUGCUUGCAGCUCAACUGUAACAAGGAAGGUUUCAACGAAGAGUGUACCAUGAGUGACAGCUCCAAAGCAAGAAUCGGUAUCCUUGGUAACGAGGACGGAGAUCGGGUUUGGCACUGGAGGGGAUUUAUGACGGCUCUAAUACUAGUGGAAACAUCGCUAAAUUAGAUGCGGAUAAUGGCAUCAACUCAUUAACGCCAUGAGAUACAUUUGGUAGAGUGAGAGACAUCCAGCCAAGAGUUACUUGAUCAUACUGUGCAGGGGAAGGGGACAGGGGUGGGGUCUGGGGAUGGAGGGAGGGGGGAAGUUACGUCAGCUUUGAGCUGUUAGUCCAUUAAUGGCUUGAAACUAUAUGUGAAAACAUAGUUCUUUAUAUGUAUUCGUUUUUUUGGAAAAAACAUUUCGCCAAAUAGGCCUCUUGCGUCAAACAAACUUUUUCGGCCAAAAAUAUCUCUAAAGAGGCCAAUAUAAAUAAUAAGCGAUGCAACCUUUGCUUUUUUCUCUUCUCGUUUUUUCACCAUCGCUCUCUCUUUUGCUCAUUUCCGUUUUCCUCGUUGGCGUGAUUUUGGAGCUUAUCGGACGCAAAAAAUCUGCCUUUGGGCCGUUUUUCACUCAAAUGUCUGCAAAUUUCGUCAGGUUCGUUUUCAAAACUCCUUACUCUUCUAAGAGAUGCGCAAAACUGUUUUUCACUUCGCCUCAUGUACACUACAGGUAACAGUAGACGAAAGAUAGUCUCAUCAUCAGUUACUUUCUUAUUGUCAAAAUAUGCUUGUUAAUUUUCCAUCCCACUUCACUGGACAUGGAUUAACCCUUGGACGUACGGACGAAGGGGAGACUCCCCUAAGGUUUUUCUGGGUUUUUUCCUAGAGGAUAAAACAUUCAGCACCUGAUGUUUUCAGUAGCUGUUCGUUCAUCCUUCGCGCGCAUUUUGAGUCAAGUUCAGUGAUGGUCAGUUUCUGUGGUUACGAGAUAUGACACCAUAAGAAGCAGGUGGUUAAUCUGUUUUUGAGUGAAAGUACGUGUUUUUUCAACAAUAAAAGUGAAUCUUGUGGCUAAAAUCAUGCAAAGUGCGUAUUCCACUAAGAAGGUAAAAUCGUUUCGAAAUACUGCAACAUAUAAUCCCCCCCCUUGCCCCACGGUGGGGGUAUAAAUUUGCGUGGUUUAAAACUUGAAACAUUUUGGCCUACUUUUUCAAGCUAUAAUGCUAUACCUGCAAACCAAUAUCAGCAUUGAAAAAAUAUUAUAGUUAGUGAAGAAAUUUUUUUAAAAUCUUGUUCAUAACUCUACAGGAGCGCAUUUUGUGUACUGUCAGAGUACUAAGUAAGGACUUCUUCAACACAGAGUUGGCCUAAAACAGCAAUAUCAUCCACGUGAUAGCCCCUUUAAGCACCAAACACCGUGAGCCCCAUGUUUCUGUGCUCCGUCAUCUUAACCUCGGUGAAUCCUAGCCUGUUCAGAUAGUGGAGAGCGGUGCGAAGUAAAGAAAGCGAUUUUUUCGCGCUCCUUUUUACUUCGCACCGCUCCCCACUAUCUGAACGCCUGGAACAGGCUAGGUGAAUCCCAAGUGCUUGAACAAAGCUUAUAACGAUGAAAUUCACAGCUUGUCAUAAAUGUCAUGGGGAUUGAACAUUUAAAGUAAGCAAAAAUGAUUGCAAGGUGUCAUGAUUGUUGAUAAAUAGGAUUCUUUUAGAACAAUAAUUUUUUACUCAAAGAAAUUUGCAAAUUGAUUAGAAGAAAAUUUACAGAGUUCAUUCAAGUAUUGAGAUACAUGAAGCUUUAUUUGCACACAUACCAAGCACUGUUAUAGUUAAUCUGUUGAUCUUUAUUUUCUUGCUUUGUAGCAAACAUUUCACUUCAAUUCAGACCUCUGGAGUAAGAAUAAAAGCUUUAAUCUCGACGGAGGGAAGACCGGAUUUGACUCACAUGAAGCCAAACUUCCCACCUACUGGAAUACAUCCUUCUCUAAGAUCUGCCUUGGUAUGAAGAUCGGCCAGCAGAUCAAGUUUAUUGUCAUCAACAAGCAGGCGAAUUCAUUGCACUCUCUAAUUGCUGACGGAGUAUACCGCGCUACCUCAUUGGGUCGUGACACGUGGAAGUCACUGAUUGGUUCUCAGGGCUCCUUACAGCGCUAUUGUAACAAGGAGGGGUUCAACGUAGAGGGUAAUAUUGCAAAUUCCAAAGCAAGAAUUGGUAUCAUCGGUAAUGAACAAAGCAACUGUGGUUCACCAGAUUCUAGAAUCGGGUUCGGUACCGGAGGAUAUCCCGAGACCAGGAACACGUGUGGAAAUGAGGCUAAACAUGGAGGAGAUAACGGCAACAAACAGAUAAGGGCCAUGGGGUACAUUUUAGUGCAGUGA